UGCCUUAAACGCUGCGCAUUUCUCUCUCUCCAAGAGCUUCACCUUUUUUGGCAAAACUCUCAUUUCUACAAUUCCGCCAUGGAUGAAGUCUAUUUAGGUGAGAAAGGGGACCUGGCAGCUGACUUUGACAUCAUCAACUGGAUGGUCUUCCCAAAUAACUCCAUUACCAGAGUGAAAUUUGGGAGUCUAAAAAAACAGAGCUCCCUUGACUUCAACCUCAUCAUCAACCCAGAUGGUACUGCACAGAUGAAUUUGCUGAAUAAGCCUCUGCCUUCUUCAAGGUGUGGAGAAAGUUGUCUCCCCGGAUUUGCUAAGGUAGUUCAAGAUGGGAAGCCAGUUUGCUGCUAUGACUGUGUUCCUUGCGCAGAAGGGACCAUCUUGGAUCAGGAAGAUGCCAAAAAAUGCAGCAAGUGUCCAGAAGAUCAGCAUCCGAAUAAGGACAGAGAUCGGUGCGUUUCCAAAGUUAUAACCUUCCUGUCCUAUGAAGGACAUUUGGGCAUCAUCCUAUCUGCCUUUGCUUUAUGCUUGUCCUUAACCACAGGGUUUGUGUUGGGAAUCUUCAUCAAAUUUGUCGAAACUCUGAUAGUCAAGGCUAACAACCGAGAUCUCUCCUACAUUCUCCUUGGGUCCCUCAUCCUUUCCUUCUUAUCCUCCUUCCUCUUCAUUGGCCAGCCAAGAAAAGUCACCUGCCUUCUCCGGCAAACAGCCACUGGCAUCAUCUUUUCACUUGCUGUCUCCUCAAUCUUAGCAAAGACAAUCACAGUGGUGCUGGCCUUCCUGGCCACAAAACCAGAGAACAUGGUGAAGAGAUGGCUGGGAAAGAGUCUGGCCAACUCCAUUGUCUUUUCUUGCUCUGCUGUCCAAGUUAUUGUCUGCACUAUCUGGUUGGGCACCACUCCCCCAUUCCCUGACUCAGAUAUGCAUUCCCAGGCUGGAGAGAUUGUCUUGCAAUGCAAUGAAGGCUCAGUCACCAUGUUUUAUUCUGCCCUUGGCUACAUGGGCUUCCUGGCUGCCAUCUGCUUCACAGUGGCUUUCUUAGCUAGGAAGCUACCUGCAGCCUUCAACGAAGCCAAGCUGAUCACCUUCAGCAUGCUGGUCUUCUGCAGUGUUUGGGUCUCCUUCGUGCCCACCUACCUGAGCACCAAGGGCAAAUACAUGGUGGCCGUGCAGGUCUUCUCCAUCUUGGCCUCCAGUGCUGGGUUGUUGGGCUGCAUCUUCUUCCCCAAGUGCUACAUUAUUUUGCUGAGGCCUGAUCUGAACACAAAGGAGCAGCUAACCACAAAAAUAAAAUAA